AUGGUGAAUUAUAAAAAUUAUCAGCAAGUAUUGGACUUGACUGUAGGGCCGAAAUCAUAUCGAGGAGAAGCGGUAAACAAAGUCGCAAAAAAUGCCAACCGCAGGCGGCAUUCUAACGUAUGUUCACUAAGAAAGAGGACGAGAACUGGUUGUUUGACUUGUCGAAGAAGAAAGAAGAAAUGCGACGAAGAAAGGGUCGGCGGAAAGUGCCAGGCCUGUGCAAGAAACUUUUUGGAAUGCAGCUGGCCGCAUCCUGAGUCUCCUGUUAAUAGUAAAAAGGACAAGACUUCAAAAUCAGUAGCAAGCACACCAAAGGAACACGAAAAACCUCUAUUCAAUGUAUAUCCAAGUCCUGUCUUGACUCCUGUUACAGAUGACAUGCAUGAAAUCAGCGACGGUGACAAGUCACCAUAUAUACCGCAGUCUCCAUUGCUGGAGCUGGAAUCCGAUAGAAAUUCAAUAGUUGAGGACUGUUCUGAUUUGAAUAACUUGAAGGAACCAAAAUUCAUAAUAACUUCUUUUGAUUGCGAUAAUGAGUUAUAUCAGAUACCGUCGAGUAAAAUAUUAGCUACAUAA